GCAGCGAGGCAGCGCUCACGCACCUCCGAGCAGCUGCGCCGGCGGCCCGGGGCGCACCAUCCGGGUGGAGAUGUCUGCCCAGAGGUCAGUUUCUAACAGAACAUCUCAGCAGUCUGCCUCUAACUCUGACUACACCUGGGAAUAUGAGUAUUAUGAGAUUGGACCAGUUUCCUUUGAAGGACUGAAGGCUCAUAAAUAUUCUAUUGUGAUUGGAUUUUGGGUUGGUCUCGCAGUCUUCGUGAUUUUCAUGUUUUUUGUGCUGACUUUGCUGACCAAGACAGGAGCCCCACACCAAGACAAUGCAGAGCCUUCGGAGAAGAGAUUCAGAAUGAACAGCUUUGUGUCAGACUUUGGAAGGCCGCUGGAGCCAGAUAAGGGCAAUGAGGAGUCCCGGUCUCUCUUUCACUGCUACAUCAAUGAGGUGGAGCACCUGGAGAAGGCCAGAGCUGGCCAGCGGACCACAGCCCUCGACAGCGACGUGCAGCUGCAGGAAGUCACCAGAAGCAGCGGGCGGCCAGAGGAGGAGCUGAACAGGCUCAUGAAAUUUGACAUCCCCAACUUUGUGAACACGGACCAGAACUCCUCCUUCGGGGACGAUGAUCUCCUGAUUUCAGAACCACCUGUUGUUCUAGAAAAUAAGCCAGUUUCCCAGACCUCACACAGAGACCUGGAUUGAGAGAAACAUGCUCUGUAAUAUGUCUUCCUGAAGAUGUCGGGGUGUGUUUGUAUAGCAAGAAAUCUUCAUUUACCAAAAUGGUGUGUGUCUGUGAAAGAGAGAGAGAGAGAGAGAAACGGAGACAAAAAGAAAAAGAGAGAAGAGAGCCCCUCAGAAGGGAGCUGAUUAAGCUGAGUUUUUAUGCCUUUAAACACAUCUGAGGCUUUGGGGGGAAUAAAGUAAACUUAUUGUUGAGAAAUCUGGCCACAUACUGGGCAUCAGCGCUCUUGAAUGGGGGUUAUCUUUGUGUUCCACUCUGGCCCUGCCCCGGCCAUUCUCUACCUUUAGCAAUUGCUUUCCCUCUGGGCUGCCGCAUCUUUUUCCUGUCAGGAGGGGAGUCUGGAGUAGGUGAUCCCCACUGGCUCUAAUAUUUUGUGAAUUUCUGACCGUGCAUGCAGACGAGGCUGGGAUAUACAUAAAGCCGCAUAAACUAGGGCACUGGGUCCUAUUUCUUAGUGUAGGACCCCCCACCCCUGCAAAUGUCUGUACCUGCACUCAACCCUUAACUGAGCUCAGCUUUCAUCGGGGCCCAAACGCCCACCAGGAUGUCAGGACACUCGUCUCACCCAUCACUGUGGACAACGUUUCUGUCGGCUGUGCCAACACAGCUUUUCUGAGGACCUCUGGCCGUCCUGCCCCUCCUCUCCUAGAAUGAAUAUCCAUAGAACUCCAGUCCCCAAGAAAAGUAAGCGAGGUUACCAACUGUACCAGGGGAGGUGACUUGGGUGUGUCUCUGUGUUGAUCUGUCUGGUCACACUGUUGCCCCCUUGGCCCCUGAACAGGUAAAGUGCUAUUUGCCAUGCAGUCUGCUUACUUGGCAGAUGUGUAGGUGAUGGUCAUCUGGCUAGGGUGUGGCUUUGAGUUAAGAUGGCGAGUGGGUUGUAAAUACCCCACUAAUAGAUAUUCCUGGUACAACACAUCUAAACACGCCCCUGGUAUCAGAAAUAAUUUGGUUUUACACUUCCAGGUUACAUGCAUGGCCAACUGCUAAUCUCUGGGUGACAUAUUCAUUAUGGAUUUGUUCACCACCUGUCUUAAGUUAAAAAAUAAAUAUGUUUGAUUGCA